AUGCAUAACAAUAAACCAACCCGUAAAAAAAGCCAACCGGCACCAUCUACGUCUGAUGUUAAGCUGCCUAAAAUACCCCGGGUAAAAAUGCCAGAUGAUUUUAAAAUAAGAACGCAGCCAUUGUUUUCUUUACCCGAAGAAGUCCUAAAGCUACCUCCUCCAAAGACAAAAGCUGCUAAAAUUCAAGCUUCUAAGACGGCAGUUAGGAAAAAGUCAAGUGUUAUGCAAAGUUUUACGGCAAUGAGAAAAGCUCGAGAGGAGUUCAGAGCGAAGUUAAUGAAUCUAAUUUGUCAAUCGGCACCCGGGGAAGAUGGAGAUUCAGUACCCUCCGCGGAGGAGAAAAACAUGCUCAGAUACUAUUACUAUCUACGAUACGGGAUUGACACCAUUCACGUUGCUCCACUUGAUAAUAAAAUAAUUUUGCGGGUACAUAACUUAAUACCCGGAAAAUUGAAAAGAUGGAAGGAAACUCUUUUCACGUGCACUGACGAAAUGAGGGAAGACUUUAUGAUGAGUAUGAAGAAAGCUAUAGUAGACUUUGUUCUCAAAGACCCCAAUACGGAAGAGUCACUAGAAGAAGAAGAUACACCUUUAAAGCAAGAGCUAGCAAAGAAGGACGACGCGUGGCGUAAUCGUUACGUGGUAGCCAAGAAGUAUGUGACGAAGAAUUUGCACAGCGUAAACCCUUGUAUCGCGCAAGUUCUGCAGAUCUGGUGGAAGCAGUUCAACGAUCUCCGCCUUAUAAGUAUGAAGGACAUAAUGACAACGAAUGAAGCAUAUGAGUUGCAAGAUUUCUGUUUUGUGUGCAAACGGCACAUCGAGGCGGCCGGAAAUGUUCUCUCCAUGCAAUGGAUACCCACUGUACAGGCUGUAUUUCUUCAGGGAAGUAAAAAGAGGCAAAUACCUGAACCGAAGCAGGUGUCGAAAAUGAAGCAUUUCUACAAUUGUUUAGCGUGUAUCAUGACGUAUAACUUGCAAACUCUCUGCUUGAAGUCAAUGAAAGAUUUCACUGACUACAUUUUGGAUGUUGGGGGUAUGAAUCAAGGUUUCGUUAUAAACUUGACCUUUCAAAACGAAGCUAUACAAUUUGAGCCGUCCUUCAAACAAUUUCGUGAUCAGCUAUGUCUUCUUUACGACUUCGUUAUUGACGCGUGUAGACAGUCGCCAAGAUUGGAAACUUUAUUGUACCAGGAUUAUGUGAUAACAAGCAGAGUCACUUUGAGGCCUGUAAUCGACAACGAUUUAGUUGAAAAUAAUUAUAAAAAAAGUAUCGCGGAUCUUAUCAACGAGCAAAGAAUCGGGCCUGAGUUGAGAGUGCAGGAUUUUGACGAUUAUGUUUGCUUGCUUAACGGUGAGUCAACUUCGAAAGUGGAAAACUUUAUUAAAGCUAUCCCUGAAAAAACGUUUGAAGAGUAUUGCGAUGAAUCUGUAAAAUACGUGACGUUGGCAAAGGAAAUCCCAUCCAAAUUGGAAGGCACUAUCGUUAUCGGUAUGUUCCGAAUGCAAAGAGGGGACCUUAUUACAUCCUUAAGAGGUGCUGCUACAAGAUUAGCCAAUACUUUAUUAAGACGGAUGACAGAGGAUUAUCAAAACAUGAUAAGGAUGAUAUAUGAAGAGUACUCAACGAUCGCCAAUACGCUGUUGACCCCUCCUCCAGACACGGCCGCAUUAAUGGACCUAAUAGCGUACUGUAAGAAAGCUGAAGAGGUGUUAUUGGAUGAGAUGGAAGACAAAUUGAGGAACGUUCUACGAUAUAUAGUAUUCCUCGGAGAUUAUACUACAUUUACUCCACUAGAAAUGAAAGCAAAUAACCAAAGUUUUCAUUGGUACGCUCGCAUGCCGGGUGUUAUUGAAGAAUGUAAGGUUAUAUGCGAUCAAAAGAAGAUAGAAUAUCAAGAGUUGUUAAAAGUGCGUAUUGCAAAGUUUAUCGAAGACUUAGAUAUAUACGAGGAGCAAUCAAACGAACUACAAUAUUGGGGUGAUAUUAACGAACUUCCUAAAUACGUAACACGAGCACGUCGUCUUGAUGAAAAAUUGGCUUUGGCGUUGGCCAAGAUUGACCAGUUCAACGAAGAAGAAACGUCGUUCGGAUGGGAGUUGUCUCAGUAUCCCAAACGAAAAGCAGUUUAUGAUAAACUUGUUCCUUUUAAAAAACUGUUCGAUGCAGGCUUUGAUUUUCUCCAAAAGCACGAGGAUUGGAUGAAAUCUAGGGUCGGAAGCUAUGACCCAGAAGAUAUAGAGGGCGAUGUUAGUUACUUCUACAAAAUAGUUUACAAAUUGGAAAAGUCUUUUCAAGAAGUUCCCGCCACAUUUGAGCUUGCCCAAUCUGUACGACAUAAAAUGGAAGAAUUCAAAACGAAUAUGCCAAUUAUUCAAACGCUUGGUAACCCUGGUAUGAAACCGCGACACUGGGAGAAAGUGUCAGAAAUCGUAGGUUUCCCGAUAGUUGUUGAUGAAGAGCUAUCGUUAGAAAAAGUUAUAGAUUUCAAUCUGGUGGAUUAUAUUGAGAAGUUCGAGAGUAUCUCUGAAGCGGCCACUAAAGAAAAUAACCUAGAGAAGGCGUUAGACAAGAUGAUGAAAGAAUGGGCUGAUCUUAAAUUUGACAUCUUGCCAUAUAAGGAUACAGGUACCUACAUCCUGUCAAGCGUGGAUGAAAUUCAAGUUCUCCUUGACGAUCAUAUUGUCAAGACCCAGACUAUGAAGAAUUCCCCAUACAUCAAGCCAUUUGAAGAAAUAAUCUAUGACUGGGAGGGAAAAUUAAUACUACUACAAGAGAUUUUGGACGAAUGGUUAAAAGUGCAAGCAACGUGGAUGUACUUGGAGCCCAUAUUCUCUUCUCCCGAUAUCCAACAACAAAUCCCUGAAGAGGGGCGUAGAUUCAGUGCCGUUGAUAAGAUGUGGCGCGAAAUAAUGAAGGCUGCCUACACUGAGCCGCGUGUUCUCGACGUCAUCAAAAUAGAGAAGAUGCUAGACCGGCUCAAGAAGUCUAAUAAUCUUCUUGAGAUGGUGCAACGUGGACUUAACGCAUACUUGGAGAAGAAACGCUUGUACUUCCCCCGUUUCUUCUUCUUAUCCAACGACGAAUUGCUUGAAAUUCUCUCUGAAACCAAAGAUCCCAUGCGGGUACAACCUCAUCUCAAGAAGUGUUUCGAGGGUAUUGCAAAACUAUCAUUCACAGAAGAAAUGGUGGUCACACAUAUGCGCUCCUCAGAAGGAGAAAUUGUGGAGCUGACGCUCACUAUUAAUACUGCCGCCGCUAGAGGACAAGUGGAGAAAUGGCUUUUAGAACUAGAGGUGUCAAUGAAGUCGUCCGUACAUAAUGUAGUAGCAUUGUCGUAUGACGAUUAUUUGAAGAGACCACGAGAAAAUUGGGUCCUGGUAUGGCCAGGACAAGCUGUACAAUGCAUUGCUAUGACCUUUUGGACAUCGGAGGUAACAGAUGCAAUACAUAUUAGUGUAAAGGCAAUGAGAGCUUACUGGGAUAAGUGUAAUUACCAGAUAUCAAAGAUUGUAGAUCUAGUCAGAGGAGAGCUGAGUUUACAGAAUAGAAUAACGCUAGGUGCAUUGGUAGUAUUGGACGUCCACGCUCGGGACGUUUUAAUGGAACUAAUCGAAUUUAAUGUCCAACAUGAUAAUGACUUCAAUUGGUUAUCACAGAUUAGAUAUUACUGGGAGGAACAAGAAGAAGAUCUUAGUUGGCAGAUAGCAACUAGGAUGAUAAAUUCUCAGCUAAUGUAUGGCUAUGAGUAUCUUGGUAACACAGGCCGGUUGGUUGUGACACCGCUGACUGACCGGUGCUUCAGGACCCUCUUUGGAGCAUUGCAUUUGAAUCUCGGUGGGGCACCAGAAGGUCCAGCAGGUACAGGAAAGACAGAAACCACAAAAGAUUUAGCAAAGGCUGUUGCUAAGCAAUGUGUUGGUUUGGCCUCUUGUGGAGCCUGGUCCUGUUUCGACGAAUUUAACCGUAUAGAUUUGGAGGUGUUGUCUGUUGUGGCUCAGCAGAUUCUAUCUAUUCAAAGAGGGAUCAAUUCUGGAUCCACUGAACUUCUGUUUGAAGGAACACUUUUGCACUUAGAUAAGAGCUGUGCUGUUUUUAUUACUAUGAAUCCUGGUUAUGCUGGAAGAUCUGAGUUGCCUGAUAAUUUGAAGGCACUAUUCCGUUCUGUGGCCAUGAUGGUUCCAGAUUAUGUACUCAUAUCCGAAAUAGAACUGUACGCUUUUGGCUACUUAAAUGCAAAACCCCUAGCAGUGAAAAUUGUUGCCACCUACAGGCUAUGCUCAGAACAGCUAUCCUCACAAAGUCACUACGAUUAUGGCAUGCGGGCCGUUAAGUCAGUUUUACGAGCGGCCGGAGCAUUAAAGCUAAGAUAUCCCGAUGAAGACGAAGACGUCAUACUCCUCAGGUCUAUUAAAGAUGUCAAUCUGCCCAAAUUUUUAGAGCACGAUGUGCCUCUAUUUAUGGGUAUUAUCGGUGACUUGUUCCCUGGUCUGCCACUGCCUCUAGCCGGUUUGCCCCACCUGGUUGCUUGUCUUAAGGAAGUCUGUGUUCCUCUUAAUUUGCAGGCAAAUGAUUUCUUCGUUGAAAAGGUAUUACAACUGUACGAGAUGAUUUUAGUACGACACGGUCUGAUGUUAGUCGGUUUUCCAUUCUCCGGGAAAACGAAGUGUUACCACGCACUUGGACAUGCUUUAGCUGCGGUCUCGGAAAAGGGUCUUAUGGAUGAAAAUGCUGUAGAAUGGACGGUAAUAAAUCCCAAGUCGAUAACAAUGGGUCAGCUGUAUGGACAAUUUGAUCCUGUAUCUCACGAGUGGUCCGAUGGUAUACUCGCUGUCAGUUAUAGAGCUUUUGCUGUCUCCACAAAUAGUAAUAGAAAAUGGCUAGUCUUCGAUGGACCCGUGGACGCCAUUUGGAUUGAGAAUUUAAAUACUGUACUAGAUGACAACAAGAAGCUGUGUUUAAUGAGUGGAGAGAUAAUACAAUUGGCUCCAACUACGAACCUGGUGUUCGAGCCCAUGGAUUUGGAAGCUGCCUCACCGGCCACAGUAUCACGUUGCGGUAUGAUUUAUAUGGAGCCCAAAGGAUUAGGAUGGAAAUGUUUGUUAGAAUCCUGGCUUAAUACUUUGCCCGCUACUCUGCACGGAUUUAAUAAAAAUAUUAUUCGUGCUCUUUACAAUAGAUUUAUGUCGCCGCUACUGUGGCUUGUGGAGUAUUCUGGAAAAACUAAGCAAAUGUAUGUAACGUCUCGAUCAAAUUUGGUAAAGGCGUGCAUGAAUUUAUUCGAUACAUUCAUGGAUGACUUCUACGAUGAAAAAUUUAUGGAACAAAUAUCAGAUCUGGAUACUCGUGCUCAGCUCGAGGGUGUAUUUUUCUUCUCGUGCAUUUGGUCGAUAGGAGCUACUUUAGAAGCUGAUAGUCGGGAGAAAUUCGAUAUGCUCUUCCGAGGUUUACUCGAGAAAGAAUUUCCACAAAAGGUGAUAGAACUUUUAAAUUACCCCAGAGAAAUUGCAAAGCCAGAGAAACAGUACAUAUUCGGUCUGCCUAAGGAAGGGCUUGUAUAUGACUAUCGAUUUAUUAAGGAGGGCAAAGGUAAGUGGAAACCAUGGCAAGAUGAUGUGGUAUCAGCUCCUCCCAUCAGCAGAGAUACUCCACCGAAUCAGAUUCUUGUAACAACGCUGGACAGUGUCAGAUAUUUGGCCUUAUUCAAGCUCUUGGUGACGCAUCAUAAGGCAGUUAUGAUGGUUGGCCCUACCGGAACCGGAAAAUCUUCGUAUAUUAUAGACUUCCUUGUCAAGAGAGUGGACACGAAAGUUUACAAAGCUCUCAUAAUGGCGUUUUCAGCUCAAACAAACUGUAAUCAAACGCAGGAUAUCAUAAUGGGAAAACUUGAUAAGCGGAGGAAAGGGGUAUUUGGUCCUCCGAUCGGGUGUCACUGUGUUGUAUUCGUGGAUGACGUAAGCAUGCCACAAGCAGAAACUUAUGGAGCCCAACCACCGAUAGAAGUGUUACGCCAAGGUAUCGACUUGGGACUGUGGUAUGACCGGAAGAUCAAUGUUGCUAUGCAUUUGAUAGACGUACAGUUUAUGUGUGCGAUGGGAAAGCCUACACCCGGUGCAAAAUUGGUGACGCCGCGUUUUUCGCGCCAUUUCUCAUUCUUUUGCAUUGAUGAAUUCGACGAUGAGACGCUGAAAGUAAUUUUCGGUCGAAUUAUGUUGUGGCAUCUCGAUACGAGAGGAUUUUCGAAGGACUUCGAUCCGUGCAUCGACGAGAUAGUGGCAGGCACACUUGAAGUGUACAAGGAGUGUCGGCUCAACCUGCUGCCUACGCCCUCCAAAUCGCAUUAUACAUUCAACUUACGAGAUUUCUCCAGAGUCAUUCUGGGUGUCCUCUUAUCAGUGCCAGAAGUAACACCUGACUUACAGUCAAUCAAACGUCUAUGGGUGCAUGAGUGCUUAAGAGUAUUUUCUGAUCGGCUGGUUGAGGAAAAGGAUCGCCAGUGGCUGGUUACGUGUCUGAGGGAUGCCACCGCAAAAUACCUCAAUGACGAUUUCGAUAAAAUGCUGGGACGACUUCUAACUGAUCCUAAAGACAAGAUAACGGACCUUCAUCUCCGUAAUCUAAUUUACUGUGACUUCGCCAAUCCAAAAGUGGACACUCGGUUCUACAUGGAAACCACUAACAUGGAACAUUUGAAUGCGACAGUCGAUGCCUUUCUUGUUGAAUUCAACAAUAUGUCAAAGAAACCAAUGAAUCUUGUCUUAUUUAGGUUUGCGAUAGAGCACGUGUCGCGUAUAUGCCGUGUGCUGACUCAGCCGCGGUCCCACGCACUCCUCGUGGGCCUGGGAGGGUCCGGCCGACAGUCACUGACUCGACUAGCCGCGCAUAUCAACGAAUACGAUCUUUUCCAGGUAGAAAUGAGUAGAACAUACGGUAAAACGGAAUGGAGGGAAGACUUAAAAACUCUAUUACGGAAGUCGAGUACACCCGAUUUACAUAUGGUGUUCUUGUUCAUAGAAUCACAGAUCAAAGAAGAAGGUUUCUUAGAGGAUGUAAAUAACAUGCUGAAUUCCGGUGAAGUUCCGAACAUUUUUGGAGCCGAUGAAAAAGCGGAGUUGUGCGAGAAAAUGCGAGUGAUUGACCGUCAAAGGGACAAAUCUCUCCAAACUGAUGGUACCCCUACCGCACUAUACGCAUAUUUCGUAUCAAUUGUACGAGAUCAACUCCAUAUUGUCCUGGCUAUGUCUCCUGCUGGUACAUCACUUCGUACCAGGAUCAGAAAGUUCCCAUCACUCGUGAAUUGUUGCACUAUCGAUUGGUUCCAGGAAUGGCCACCAGACGCCCUAUUAGCUGUGGCUACACGAUUUUUGAAAGAAGUGGAACUGACUGACCUCGAAAGAGAAACAGCGAUAAAGCUUUGUCAAAUAUUCCACACGGAUACGCAAGAGCUCACGAGAGAAUUCCUACUUAGAUUGAAACGAUAUAAUUAUGUCACGCCCACUGCUUAUCUCGAACUGAUCAAUAUGUUCAAGUCAUUGUUAGGCAAAAAGCGAACAGAGCUAAUAACAGGUGAAAAGAGAUACAUAACUGGCUUAGAUCAAUUAGCAAUUGCUGCUAAAUCUGUAGCGGCUUUACAACAAGCGUUAGAAGUAUUACAACCCAAACUCGCAGCCGGUGCAGCUGCUGUUGCUGAAACUACUGCUAAGGUAGAAAAGGAAAAAGAAGGUGUGGCAUUAGUAGAAGCUGAAGUGCUUGCCGAUCAGGCGGCGGCCGAGGAACAGGCACAAGAAGCACAAGGCAUCAAGGAUGAAUGCGACGCUGAUUUAGCUGAAGCAAUGCCAAUUUUAAACUCUGCUUUAGCGGCUUUAGACACUUUAACACCGCAAGACAUAACUUUUAUCAAGACAAUGAAGAGUCCUCCCAGAGGAAUCAAACUCGUAAUGGAAGCUAUUUGUAUUUUAAAGGAAAUAAAACCAGACAAGAUACCAAAUCCAUCGGGAGUAGGUACCAUAGAAGAUUUUUGGGGUCCAUCAAAGAAACUUCUCAACGAUAUAAAGUUUCUUGAAUCUCUACAAAAUUAUGAUAAGGACAACAUUCCUCCACCUGUAAUGAAGAAGCUUAUGGCUACUGUCAUGCAAGAUGAUGGAUUUGUUCCCGAGAAAAUUCGAGCGGUUUCUGUUGCUGCAGAGGGUAUGUGUAAAUGGGUCAUUGCAAUGACAAAGUACGACAAAGUGGCGAAAGUUGUGGCGCCGAAGAAGCAACGCUUAGCAGCGGCUCAAGCUGUGUACGAUAAAGCCAUGGCUGCUUUAGCUGUUAAACAAGCACAACUUAGAGAGGUUCAAAUGAAAUUAGGAAAAUUAGAAGAAGCAUUAUCAGAACAGAGUCGACAACAAAAAAUGUUAGACGAUGAAGUAAUGGACUGUAGUAAUAAAUUAAAAAGAGCGGAAAUGCUGAUAUCAGGAUUGGGAGGUGAAAAGACCAGGUGGACGCAAAUCGCUAAGACUUUACGGGAUACUUAUAAUUCACUUACUGGUGAUAUUCUAAUCGCUGCGGGAGUUAUAGCAUAUUUAGGCCCCUUUACAGCAUCCUUCAGAUUCCAACAAAUAAAGAAAUGGGCCUUAGCUUGUCACGACUGUGGAAUUGUAUGUACACUAAACUUCAGUUUAAUCAAAGUACUCGGGGAACCGGUGACUAUUCAACAGUGGAAUAUUGAUGGACUGCCUUCCGAUGACUUCAGUGUUGAGAGCGCUAUCAUUAUAAUGAAUGCCCGACGUUGGCCACUUAUGAUUGAUCCUCAAGGGCAAGCUAAUCGUUGGAUAAAAAAUAUGGAGAAGCCGAAUAACUUAUGUAUAGUUCGGAUGACACAAGCAGACCUUGGUCGCGUAUUAGAAAACGCUGUUCAGUUCGGACAACCGGUAUUAUUGGAAAACGUCUUAGAAGAGUUGGACCCAAUGUUAGAGCCACUUUUACAACAACAAACAUUCCGUCAAGGUGGUGCACUGUGCAUUAAAAUUGGUGACACCAUUGUUGAAUACAGCAAAGAUUUUAAGCUGUACAUUAGUACGAAAUUAGCAAAUCCUCACUAUCUGCCCGAGGUUGGAGUUAGAGUUACUCUAGUCAACUUUAUGCUCGCAAAAGAUGGUUUGCAAGCACAAUUGUUAGCCCGAGUAGUGGCAAGAGAGAGACCCGACUUACAACAGGCAAAAGCAGAUUUGACCACUCAAGGGGCCGAACAUAGAAGGCUCCUGCAAGAAAUCGAAAAGAAAAUCUUAAAUGUACUUUCUACCUCUGAGCAUUUGCUAGAAGAUGAAGAAGCGGUUCAGAUCCUUAACUCGGCGAAGGAUACAUCCAACGAGAUAAAAGAAAAACAGGAAGUUGCGAUGAUAACUGAAAAAGCAAUUGACACUGCUAGAGACGACUAUGUGCCAAUUGCUGUUCAUUCUACUAAUCUUUUCUUCCUCAUUGCAUCUCUGGCGAACAUAGACCCAAUGUAUCAGUAUUCAUUGGGGUGGUUCGAAGGUUUGUUCACGGGGUCGAUUGAUAAUACGGAGAAAGUGGACGAGAUACCGGAGCGGCUCGCGAUAUUACGUGCUCACUUUACGUAUUCGCUGUAUGCGAACAUCUGCAGGAGUUUGUUUGAAAAGGAUAAAAUGGUCUUCUCUUUACUAUUAACGAUCACGAUAAUGGUAGCGGAAGGUCGUUUAGAUCGUGGACAAGUGAUGUUUUUGUUGGGUGGCGCUCAACCUAGACAUGUCCCGCCGAACCCUGUUGCAUUUCUCAGUCCACAAGCUUGGGCUGAGUUCAACUCGCUAAAUGAAAUGGAUAAAUUCCAUGGCAUUGUUAACCAUUUUACUACGAACCUUCCGGCUUGGGAAGCUUAUUGUGACACUGUAGAUCCACAAAACCAACCUUUACCCGAACCAUGGAAUACGAAAUUGGACAUGUUUGAGAAAAUGAUGGUACUUCGGUGCAUGCGGUUCGAUAUGAUGGUGCCGGCUGUUCAAAACUUUUGUGAAGCUAAAAUGGGGCGGCAGUUUGUAGAGCCGCCAUUGUUUGAUUUAGCGUCGUCUUACGCCGAUUCACACUGUUGUAUACCGCUUUUGUUUGUAUUGACCCCCGGUUCGGAUCCCAUGGGAACGCUACUUAAGUUUGCUGAUGAUCAGGGCUUCGGGUCAUCUCGGCUAUUCUCUUUAUCACUGGGGCAGGGUCAGGGCCCGAUCGCCGUAAAGUUAAUAGACGAAGGUGUUAGGAGCGGAACGUGGGUCGUGUUGCAAAACUGUCAUUUGGCUAAAAGUUGGAUGCCUAUGCUGGAAAAGAUCUGCGAAGGUCUUUUGCCCGACUCCACUCACCCAGACUUUAGACUGUGGCUCACGUCUUACCCAGCGGAUCAUUUCCCUGUGUAUGUGCUACAAAAUGGAGUUAAAAUGACUAAUGAGCCACCUCAAGGUCUUCGAGCAAAUAUAGCUCGCUCUUACCAGAGCGAUCCAAUCAAUGACCCCGAAUGGUUCGAAGGAAAUAAACAGCCAGACACCUUCAAGAAGAUGUUAUUUGCGUUAUGUUUUUUCCACGCGGUCAUUCAAGAAAGACGACAGUUCGGUCCAUUGGGUUGGAAUAUCCGUUACGAGUUCAAUGAAACUGAUCUGAAAAUUAGUGUGACACAGCUGUACAUGUUCCUUAAUGAAUAUGAUGAUGUGCAAUUUGUUGCAUUACGCUACUUGACGGGCGAAUGUAACUAUGGAGGCCGUGUGACAGACGACUGGGACCGACGCUGUUUAAACACUAUCCUUUACAAGUUUUACAACCCUCGUACUGUUAAUGAAGACAAGUAUCCUUUAGAUCCCACUGGUAUCAUUUCUUAUAUAAAUACUAUGUAUAGCGAACUCUUGUAUCUGUUACUAUACUCUGUGAUAUGGCAAUUAGUUUCUCAUUUAAACUAUGCUGGUCAUUAUUACAAAGGUAGUUAUGUUCUGACAGGUGUAUACCACAUACCGACAUUACGGGAACACUCGGACUUUAUAGCAUUCGCCCGGUCUCUUCCCGUGGCCACACCACCUUCCGUAUUCGGUUUCCAUCCUAACGCGGACAUCACUAAGCAUUUCCGGGAAGCUGAAGACCUUCUAAACACAGCUAUUUUGACACAGGAUACAAUGGCAGCUGGCGGCGCCGGUGCUACGCCAGAACAGCAAGCUAUGGCCAUAGCCGAAGACGUGCUAGCACGCCUACCAAAACAGAUUCUCUCUGGCCCGUCACAUGAGGGUGACAUUAAGCCAGCGGAUAUGACGCCAAUGUCGAUAGUCGUUAUACAGGAGGCAGCUAGAUAUGAAAGAUUGGUGACCGUUGUGAGGACUAGUUCUAGAGCUGUUAUUGGAGCUGUACAAGGUGUAAGUGUAUUAACGGAUGUAACCGAAGAAGUCCUCACGAGUAUGGUCAGAGGUCGCAUACCAGCUCUGUGGGCGGGCAAGAGCUACCCAUCGCUGAAACCUCUAGCUGCUUACUUUGACGAUUUACUCGCAAGAUUGGCCUUUUUACAACAUUGGCAUCAGUACGGUCCACCAGUCGUUUUCUGGCUAUCGGGCUUUUAUUUCCCGCAAGCUUUUCUUACGGCUGCCCAACAAAGCUAUGCAAGAAAGUAUAAGAUACCUAUCGAUCAGCUUGCAUUCCAUUAUGAGGUUCAACGUACGUUCGUUCUCGAAGAACCGCCCGAUGAAGGUGUUUAUAUUCGUGGUCUAUUCAUGGAGGGUGCGAGAUGGAACAUGGAGGAAAGCUACAUUGAUGAAUCUUUACCCAAGAUACUGUACGACGAAUUCCCGCCAGUAAUAUACUCUCUACAACUUCAUUAUGCUUUUUUCUUACUUGUUUUUAUUAUAGAGGAGGUGUGGCUGAUCCCGCUGAAACGCGAGGAUAUCCCUCAGGAUGUGUUUUAUAAUUGUCCUCUGUAUAAGACGGGAGAUCGCCGUGGGGUUCUAUCUACAACUGGUCAUUCCACUAAUUAUAUUCUCUUUAUGCGUUUACCAACAUCUCAGCCACCUGACCAUUGGAUAAUGCGUGGUGUGGCUCUCCUUACGCAGUUGCCUUUCUAA